AUGCAAGUAUUUAACAUUGUAUUUCACCAUGUAGAGGAGUUUGUAAUGUUGAUUAAUUGUGAAACGAUUUACGGGGGUGGUAUUUUGACCAUAGUGUCUGGGCAAGUCAUUGAUAAGUGGUCAAUGGUUAACAUUCAUAAUUUAGUUAAUGGGUGGGGUUACAUAAAAGGGAUGUACAGAACAUGGAUCAAAAUCCUUGACAUUGAUGAAAACCUUUUCCAGAUUAGGAAUAAGGAUGAUGUUUAUGAUUUUGCCGCAUACGCUUGUGUAACCCAAGUAGAUGGGAAAAUGUUUGUGGAACAUGCUGUCAAUGGUAUAAAAGUCAAGUUAAGAGUCCUAGGUGUGUGA